AGGUGACUCAAGACGAGGCUUUUUAACAACAAUAAUAGCACAAAACAAAUGGCGACAAAGAAGUAAUGAAAUAUACACUUUAUACUCACCGUAAUGGACUUUUUAAACGACGUUUGGCUGCUGUCAAACCACAUUUUGACGUCAUCUCUGCGCCAAAAAAGGACGCGUAGCUCCACUUUGUUUGGCUAGUUGGGAGUUUUUGCGUCAAGUACGCAAGACGUCGCGGGGAUUUGGCGACACUCUGCGCUGACAUGCAAGUAUGGGAAUUGGCGUUUUUGCUGCUCCUUGUGGGUCAAAGUUUGGCGCUGAAGGAGGAUGAAGAGGACACAGGUGAGAGCAGUGGUGGAAGACAUCGGCGUCCAUCAGCUGGAGCGGUUGGUGGAGCUGCUAACGUCCCCCGAGUGCGAGGAACUCUUGGUCGCCCUCUCCAAUCCGGAGAAAAACAUCUUUCAGCACGUCGAACGCCUCUCGGAGAAAAACAAUGAGCUCCUUGUCAAGCAUCGCAUCACGAGAGACACCGCCUCGCUCGAAGACAGUGAAGCUAAGUGCCGGGCGGAUUUGACAGCCUGGCUGGAGAAGUACGGUCCGCAGACGUACUACGACCGCCUCCUUCGGGCCUUGCAUCACAUCGGCAGAGCAGACAUCGCCCUCGAGGUGGGCAAGAACAUCAACCAGGACAAAAUCUUGAACCUGGAGCGCUAUGUUGAAGGCUAUCACCAGUUUGCCAGCUCUCUAAAGUCCCAAGAGGUGCAAAAACCUCAAAAAGGCCAGAAGAGAAAGAAGAAAAGAGCGUCCGACUUGACAUGGCACGACCUGGACCUCAUCGUGCUGCAGCCCCCCGUCCCCGCCUACACUAAGGGCCCCUUGGACGUGGCUCUCCCUCUGCUGUACGGCAUCCUGCUGGGCUUCGGGGGCACCUUGCUGGCCGCUGUCUCCACCCUCUUGGCCAUCUUGCGCAUCACGAAUUGGAACCGGACCGUCCGUCAACCCAGGGUGGUCUGCUACCCCAGCUGGGAGGUCCUGGUGGAAAACUAGUCCUAAGAGGAAGAAACCGGAGUACCCGGAGAGGGGAGGAUUCUGCCCAAGGGAGAAUCGAACCCAGGUCUUCCCGAUCUCCAGACUGUUACUGUGUUGGCCAACAUGCUAACCACUCGACCAUCGUGCGGCCAAAUAACAUCAUUUUAGUAGCAUAAAAUGGAAGUAUUCCAAAAAAAUAAUAAUUUUUUGAAAGUUGGGGAAAACUUAUAUUAUUAUGGGAGUAAAGUCAAAAUUUAUAAGAAGAAAGUUGAAAUUGUUGAAAAAUGAAAAAAAACAGCAGAAAUGGAGAAAACAGUCGUAAUUUUACAAUAACGUCAAAAAAGGGAAAAAUGCAUAGAAAAAAUGUAUUUAAGGAGAAAAAGUUAUAAUGUUACGAAAAAGUGUAAUAUGAGGAAACAUAAUAUCAUUUUAGUAGCGUAGAGUUGAAAUAGUCAAGAAAAAAUAACUUUUUUAAAGUUGUAAUAUUGUGCAAAAACAAGCAAAACAAAAUAAAGUUGGAAAAUUAGGUCGGAGAAAUUGUGAAAAUAUGGGAAUAAAGGCAAGAAAAUGUACAAGAAGAAAGAAAAAACAACAGCAGAAAUGGGGAAGUCAGCCGUAAUUUUACGAGAAUUAAGUCAAAAUAUUAAGAGAAAAAAGUUGACAUUUUAUGAGAAUAAACUUGUAAUAUUAUGAGGAAAAUGAAUGUCAUUUUAGUAGCAUAGAGUUGAAAUAGUAAAGAAAAAAUCCAUUUAAAAAAAUAUUGUCACAGGGUGAAAAACAUCGAAAACUAAUUUUUGUAAAAUUAGUUUGAGGAAAAAAGUUAUAUUAUGGGAAUAAAUAUUACAAGAAGAAAAUUGACAAGAAGAAAGUUUAAUUAGUUGGAAAAUUAAAAAAAAACAGCAGAAAUGGAUAAAAACUCGUAAUUUUACGAGAAUAAAGAUGAACAUUAGAAGAUUAAAAGAUGAAGUAUUAAAAUAUAACGUAAUAUUAUGAGAGUAAAUAACAUCAAGCAUGGAGUUGAAAUAUUAAAGAAAAAUCAAUUUUAUUAUUAUUAUCUUAAUUUUAAAAAGUUGUAAUACUGUGCAAAACAAAAUAAAGUUGUCAUUUUGGGAAAAGUUGUAAUAGUAUCGGAAUAAAGUCAUAAUAUUACGAUAAAAAAGUUGUAUUCUAACAAUUUUAUGAGAAUAAACUUGUAAUAUUAUGAGGAAAAAUAAUGUCAUUUUAGCAUAGCAUAGAGAUGAAAAAUCGGCAGUAAUUUUACAAGAAUAAAGUCAAAAUAUCAAGAGAAAAUGUGUAAUUUAAUGAGAAAAAGUCAUAAUUUUAUGAAAAUAAUUUAGUAUGAAUAACGUCAUUUUACUAGCAUAAGGUUGAAAUAUUCAAGAAAAAUGUUGCUACUUUAAAAGUCAUUAUAUGGGGGAAAAAGUUAUAAUAUUCUGGCAAUAUAGUCCAAAUCAAUAAAAGAAAAUUUAAAUAGUUGGAAAAUUAAAAACAACAGCAGAAAUGAAGAAAAGAGCCUUCAUUUUGUGAGAAUAAAGUCCAAAAUAUGAAGAGAAAAAUUUUACAAAAAUUACGCAAUAUUAUGAGGGAAAAUAACAUUUUAGUAGCAUAGAAUUGAAAUAUUAAAGAAAAAAUAAAUCAUUUUUUAUAAGUUGUAAUAUUGUGGAAAAACAAGUAAAACAAAACAAUGUCAUUUUUGGAAAAUUAGGUUGCGGAGAAAGUUAUAGUAUUACAGGAAUAAAGUGACAAUAUUGUGGGAAUAAAGUCAGAAUAUUACGAGAAGAAAGUUUACAAGAAGAAAGAAAAAAACAACAGCAGAAAUGUAGAAAACAGCCGUAAUUUUACGAGAAGAAAGUCAAAUUAUUAAGAGGAAAAAAGUCGUAUUCUAAUCGCGAAAAAAAAGGCCGCAAUUUUACGAAACUAAACUUGUAUGAUGAGGAAAAAUAAUGUCAUUUUAGCAUAGCAUAGAGUUGAAAAAUUGACAGUAAUUUUACAAGAAUAAAGUCAAAAAUACUGAGAGAAAAAAGUUGUAAUUUAACAAUAAAAAGUCCUAAUUUUACGAAAAUAACGCCAAGGCCUGGAACUUGACCUUGUCUCCUUUUAUCAGCAUUGUCAUGGCUUCUUAUUUCGAACAUCAUGUGUCCCACCUUAAGUUGUCUUUACUGGGUAAAGAAAAUGAGAAGUGUUCACCUGCUGCGGGUGGGAAUGGGACUCUACGACUCCCAGGUCAUCAUCACGGUGCUUUGUUUUCUCCUCCAGCCCCCCGGCAGGGAUCUGCUGUCGGAAGCAUAAUGAAAACCAAAAAUAGCUGACUUUGGAAAUGGGCAAGAACAGCGAGCAUUUUCACACACCGGCACGCCGUCACCGUCCUUUCAGCCGCCUCAUUAAGGAGGCCGCGCGCCACGAGAGGCGGCCCCAUUGUCAUGCAAAGACCCAGCAGUCGGCCGUGUCAUGCAUGAACAGAAUAGGAACCUGACACCAGAUUGACAUUUACAUCGCACGCUCCUCAGCCCCUGUCCAUUCUCAUGUAGAGCACCUUUUUUUCACAUUUGUGAUUUAUUUCUGUGGGGUUAUUUAACAGCGGAGAUCUGUCUCCUGUCACCUAAGCAGUCAGGUGUUUUGUCUGGACGCGCUCUGCGGCGUCGGCCUCCGAGGGGUGCUUAGCGCCACCGAAAGGCUUUUAAUCCCCCCCACAACCACCACCACCACCACCAACCCCUUUCCAUUUUCCUUUUCAUGCAUCAGCAGCGCUUCCCAGCUCAGCCAUCACUCCGCCUUAGCUCAAUAUAUAAUAUAGAUCACAGAAAAAUAGAUCACAACACUUUACCUUUAAAAUAUCCUCAGUUGCAGCUUUCUCGGUUUUUUCUUUCAUGAUUUCCUUGAUGGGGGGGGGGAUCUGAAGCGUAUUCAAAAACCAAGCUUGUACAGAUAAAGCCACAGUGCCACCCAGUGGUCAUAGCAACAAAUUCAAUAGAUUCUGGUAUAGAACUUGGAAAGUGUUAAUAGUGCAAGUGCAACAAAACACAACGUAUUGAUCAUUUGUCUAAAAUGUUCGGAAACGCUCCGUUUAAGAGCUUUAUUUAUAUUCUUUUUAUUUAAAAAAACAAUAGUUUUAAUAAUAAUUCACACAAUAAACGGUAUAUAAAAAUAUAUAUCAGUGCUUUGUGCUGUCUUGUAUGGUGUUAGCAUGCUAACUGUUAGCAUUUGAGCAAUCAUGUAAAAAUGCUAUAGCACGUGAACUGUUAGCAUGUUAGCAUCUGAGCUAUUGUACUCCUGUCUAAAUGCAAAUACACAUGGCAUGAUGUAGUGUUACUAUAGAACUGCCUUGGCACUUUCACUAUUUUAGUGCUAUCUUGCUAGGUGCUAGCAUGCUAACUGUUGCCUUGUUAGCAUUUUGGCUAUUAACUGAUGUCAAAACGCAAAUACACACGACAUAAUGUAAGGACACUUUAGAACUGCCUUGGCACUUUCGGUACUUCGUGCUAUCUUGUGAGGCGCUAACAUGUAAACUGUUAGCAUUGUAGCUAUUUUAAUUAUGCCAAAAGGCUUACAUUUACAUGGGCUGAUGUUGGAACCCUACAGAACUGCCUUUACCACUUUCACUGCUUAGUGCUAUCUUGCUAGGUGCUAGCAAAUUAGCUUUUAGCAUUUUAGCUAUUUAACUCAUGUCAAAAUACAAAUAUAGAGGGCAUGAUGUAAGGACACUAUAGAACUGCCUUGACACUUUCGGUACUUAAUGGUAUCUUGCAAGGCGAUAGUAUGCUAACUGUUAGCAUGUUAGCUAUUUUAAUUAUGCGAA